AUACACCUGCGGAGACAGGUGAGCGUGGAGAAAACCGUAAGUGAAACCUUUCACGCUUAAACAAACUGGUUUUUGCCAAAAGUCUGCUUAUGGCUUUUACAAAUGAAACAUGAGAGAAGAGAGAAAAGUCUGUCGCUUUCCUGACUAUGUGAUGAACUUACACCUGCUUCCUGUAGUUCUGUCUUUGGCAGUCAUCAUAUCUGUCACUCUCUCCCAGGACCUGGUCUCAAUCCAGUUUAAGUCAGAUCCAGUCCUGGUACAGACUGGCACCGAUGCGGUCUUCACGGUGGUCAUAGCGUCCCAGGUGUUUUCCAUCACAUGGGGGUACCCAGGUGGGGUGACCCCCCUGGGGCUGUGGGUGGGGGGCAGUGCGGUGCUCAACACUGUGACCCAGUACCAGGGCAGGGUCACCAUCACAGCCACCCAGCUCCGUAUCAGCAGUGCCCAGCUGGGAGACGCGGGGAACUACACAGUGCAGGUGGACCCCUCGCCCACCACGGGCCUGGCCCAAAACUCAAGGUCCAUACAGCUCAGGGUAUUCGAUGCAGUGGAUGGCGUGACUAUGUUUGUGCCAUCAGUGGCUCUGGAGGGGGGCAAUGUGUCUGUGCGCUGUACCUGGACCAAGGGGACAGAGACCAGUGUGAUGUGGGGUAAAGGGGGCUCUGUUCUCACCUCGAACUCCAGGGUCACUAUCAAAGGGGGCGACCUGGUGAUCAACCCAGCCAGGAGGGAAGAUGCCGGGGUCUACUCCUGCACCGUCGCUAACCUUGUCAGCGCUCAGACCGCCUCAAAGACCCUCACAGUUUACUAUGGUCCCGACACCCCCGUGCUGAGCAAUGAUUCUCCGGUAGACUGUGUGGGAGGAGCGGAUGCAGUACUAGGCCAGACGAUCCGUCUCACCUGCGUGUCCGACUCCCUGCCCCCUGCCACAUUCUCCUGGCAAUACAACAAUGAACCCGUGGCGUCUGGACAACCAGACAGUGGCGUGUUCAGCCUCCAGACCUUCUCCACCAACCAGAGCGGUCAAUACAAGUGCGUGGCUAGCAACGCCAUCACGGGCAUCACGUCGGAGCAGGCGACGGGCCUGGCUAUCGUGGGCACAUGCCUCAGUGCAGGGGCAGUGGCUGGCAUAGUGAUUGGCUGUGUGGUCGCUCUGAUCUUAAUCAUCAUGGCCAUCGUACUCCUGGUGCGCUGGAGGAGAGUUGACCGAAGACCGGAGGCCACAGGACAAAAGGGACACCCAGACCUCAUGCUUACACCUCCAGAGCCCCCUUCACCUGGUACCCGGACUUUAGGUGGCCAGCACUCUGUCCCACCCGAUGGCCACGAAAACACACACACACCGCCACGCGACACUAACACACUUCAACACAAUGGCCCUGCCAACAGCAAUGGGUUCCCACACAAUGCCCAACAUCAGAAUGCCAAUUCAUUUCCACGAAAUGCCACCACGCAGGACCACAACACUUUCACACGCACUGCUGCACCUCAGAAUGCCAACACACUCGACACCCUCCCACAGAUGACUCAAAACCACCCGAACAAUCCAAACAUUCUCAUACAAGCGGGUUCUACUCAGGUCGGUGUUAACCUUAACACACUGCCACACAACCAGCAAAAUAGCAACGCACAGCUACCCACGGUUCACGUCAGUCUCAAUUCCUAUCCAACUAAUGGUCAACAUCCCAACCAACAGUCACAGCAACAAUUUACAAGCCCACAGGACAGUACAAUGCAGUGGAGUGCCAUCAAUGUAGCCAACAGUGCUAGAGCUCCUCAAGUUCAAAAUAACAACCCACAAACGGUCACACAGACUGGACAGUCAUACUCCAAUCCCAGGAUGCAACUUGGCUUGUCAUAUCCUGGUGGUCCUUCACAGGUUGACCACAGUAACUUAGACACUGGUCCUCAAGUCUCUACUGGUCCUGUUCCUACUGGUUACACACACGGUGGUCGAAGUCACACUCUCCGGCGAAACGCCAACACACAGGCCUGCCAGAGGGACCAGGCUACUGAUACCCAGCCUAGACACUCCGACCCAGCAGCGGCCAGUUCUGUGCCACGGGAUGCCAGUCAUGCCAUACCAAGUGCCAGCUCACACCACCAACAAAUGCCUUGGGACCGUCUGAGGGGCACCCCGGCGUACCCCAACAACUCCCCCAGAAGGGUACAGGCUUCCCCCGACAGCAGCACCUCCGAUAGCACAGAGUCGCCGUCCCAGGCUAGACGAUUUCAACCACACACCCGAAGGAGUGGGCCAGGAGCACAGACCCAGAGCCCCCCACAGAGCCGAUCUACACCCAGGAAGGCUGCACCGACGGCGGACAGACAGGCCCAGAACCUCCCCCACACUCAUGGGACGAACAAUCAGCCUGGGGCUCCAAGCCACACACAGUCGCAUAUCAGUUCCCAUGUACGCGAUACACCAAGGCAGAGAGCCCGGCAGGAUGUCAGAGCUCAGUCCCAGAUCACAGCUCAGACCGCUUCUCAAAGCCAGACUGGCCCCAGGCAACAAAAUGCCUCACAUAGCCACCACAACCCCCAGCCGCAACAACAGGGACUAAUAACCAACAUGCCCCGAGGCACCACACUCAACACUCAAGCUCUAACAAAUCCAAAUCACAUCCCACAGACACAAAUCGGGAUUCAGUAUGGUAGGGGAAACACACAUGUGAUACCGCAGCCCACACAAGACCAGAGACAGACAGCAACACAAGGUUGGGGUGCAAUAUCACAGCCUGUUACACAGAACCCCAGUAGCCUCACUCAGACGGCCCUGGAGAUGCACACACUGACGACCCCUAACCCUUUUCACAACCGUAACCACCAGACACAGGCCGCCCUGCUCAACACCCAAGCUCGAGGCCCUAACCCUGGGCGCAAGCGGCCCCCCACGCCCCCUCCCGUGAUCCCUCUGGCUCAGUUUCAGACUAUUCCCAGAGAACGCACCCAGCACCAGUCUCCAAACCGGGGCCCCGAUGGCCCUCUCAGGCCCCCAGUCAACAUACACACCACACAGAGACACCCCAACGCUCACCCGCCCCACAGACAUCCCGACGCUACCACGCUGGCUAACCUGCACUCAGGAAAUGGCCACCACGUGCACGCUGAAAACACACACAGGCACGGCCAAGGUACUCAACAUGCCCACAGGAACACUGCCCACCCACGCCAGCAGACCCACCAAGGGAGGCCGAGACACUGAGUGAUGCCAACGGACACACACACACACACCAGCAACUGACAAGAGGAGAAACACAAGCAUGGAUGACUAUGGGAGCCCUACUUAAAGCAAUGGAGACCAAGCAAAAACACACGUGCACACACACACACACACACACACACACACACACACACACACACACACACACACACACACACACACACACACUCACAUCACACACACUUCCCGCAGACGACUCCUCCUGCCUGUCAAGUGUAUGUUAUCUGUUGAUUUUCAACAGUACCGACAAUGAGUCACUGGAAAACACACCCUGAUGUGUCCUUUCUGAAGCACCAUACAACCAAAUAGUAGGAAUGAGAAAAAGGCCUUAUUGAUGGCGAGAAUCUCCAGGUCGUGUGUACGUGGCCUCUCCCAUUCAGCGUGUUCAGAGAGAGAAUGAGGCACUGCCACAACAACGAGGACUUGUUUCCAUUCGUGUCUGUGUGUGUGUUGCUCCUUGUGACUAGAAUAAACAGUAACAAAGACAGGAAAAGAGACCCCUUGCUGGACGGAUUCCAAUUGAUUGAAUGGACUUGGCCCCUGGGAACUACUGUGUGGAAAUUCUGAAGGAAAUAAAAACCCCUCUGCGACUUGCUUUAUUUAAUAUUUCCAUGGAUGUAUUUAUGUGGUGACUUUCUGUUUACAGAUGCUUCUCUUGACACCACUCAAUUAAGGGGAUUCGCUUCGGCGCCUGGGCUUCGGAAGCAAUGCGCAACUAACUAUGAAGGAGACCCCACAAAUGGAUGGGCCGCUUAUUAAUUAAGCGCUUUUAUGCGGCUUAAAUGACUCGGAAAAUAAUAGCGGCCAUGCGUGGAGGAGGUCAGCACAAAGAAGCUGCUGAGCUGCAACAUUUUCCCCGACUCAGCAAAGCAAAACAAUUUGCUCUGGGACUACAAUGUACUUUUGUGUGGGGGAUUGGCACAUUACAAGUGAUCUCUUUUGGAAGGAAUCUUAGUUUUCUUUAGAACAAAAUGUGCAUUUCAUGUUUUUGGUUUUCUGUUACGUGGUGAAUAUGUUGGCACUGCCAUUGCGAUAUGUGUCUUUGUGACUCAGGGAGGCUGUUUUAUAUUAAAAUACAUGUUCCAUGAGAAUACAGAAUAGAGGGGCCACCAGUUGGGGAACCCUGGGCUAGGGGUUGUUUCUAGAUUGGAAGCCCACUCUCUUCCCCAUCCAGUUCCUUUACUUGACUUGAGGUUUUUAAAGAUUAGGGGUCUCCAUUGAACAUGCUUUUCAUGACCAGUAUGUUUUAUUGAUGAUAAUAAAUAGUUUUGAUUGCCCCA